AUGACAGCCACCCUCGAACGGAGUCUGUCUCGCACUUCGAGCAUGUCUAUGCCCAUCUCGAGCCCUAGACUAUCUCUCUUACAUGAAACGACGCCGCCUAGCUUAUCCGACCCUGCCCUAUCUCACAUUCACGACCGCUUAACCCUGCUUGACUCUCGUGUUCUGGAAUUACGUUCGACUGUCCUGACCAAAGAUGGCUAUAUCGAUCGACGGAAUCGGGAAGAUGAACACAUUCGCCGGGAAUUCGAAGCCCAUCGCUCCAUUUCAAACCGAAUCGAUCUAAAUGUAGUCGCAUUGAGGACGGAUGUGGAUCAGUUGAAGUCUGGAGUGUUCCAACUGAAGUCGAGCAUCGGCCAGACUGGCAACGAGACCGUCUUCUUACGCAGUGAUGUCGAUCGUUUGUCGAAGAAUAUCGAACAAAUCCAGUCCGAUAUCGAACAGGUUCAGACAGACGUGUGUGGAUGCCGGGUGGAGAUCAGCAAACUACACGCGACCAUUAGUCAACUUCGUACCGAUUUGAUCACUCUUCAACAUGAGACAUCACGGCAUUUGAACUCUGUCUUCGACCGCUUUUCCCUGAUCGAGUCCCGCAUGAAGCAUUCGGAACGCGUCCGCUUCAACUCCUUGGCCCACACCACCCACGCCCCAAUCACCCCAGUCCCCGUUGUCGAGGAUGAUGGCACGCUACAGUGGCCGGAAUAUUUCCCUCGAACUGUUUGGCGCUUCUGGUGCCUGAAGAAGCGCAGUCGGAUCAACCGGUUGGUUCAGUUAGCCGAAUUUUAUCAACUUGGAGGCUACCAAUACUGGGGUCGAAUGCAUCAGACAGAGGCCAUGUUUGCCAGCGAUAGUGACUCCAGCGACUCCAGCGACUACCCGUCCAAUUUGACUCGUGCUGAAGCAGUUCGCUUGUAUCCCGAGGCCGCACACCAGGCACUGGCUGCCACACUGGGUUUGGUUUAUUACAAGAUUCGGAACGAGGUUGGAGAAGGGCCGAAUACCCAUAUUCCACGGCCCCCGAAGCGGCAGCAAGAGGACUUGCCGUCGGUGUCAUCGGGUUCGAAGCCGAAACCGGUGAAGAUGGCACGCCGUCCUAAUAAUGUGUCGCCUACUGCUUUGCACCGACUGAUCACUGGGCCGUCACUGGAGUCGAAAUCGAUGGCUUCGGACGAGUCUGACAAGCUUGGAUGGAAUGCCCACUCCGAAGUGUCCGACGAGGCUAUGAGUAAGCUGCGAAGCAUCGUUUCCGAGGAAGUCGGGACUCUACUUCGAGCUUUGGAACGUGGGCGCAUCCGAUUGAAGCCUGGUCGCGCUGAGCGUGAGAAAUUGUCUCCCAUAGAAUCCAAAGCUAGCAUGCGCAAUGGCCGGUACGGUGGCGACGGCGCGCAGGACGAUGAUGCGCGGACCUUGCCGAACACAGUCCCAACGGAGAUCGUGUCUCUUUCAGAUAAAACGGACAAGACAGAGGAACAUGAACCUGAACUUCCGGCUACUGAGUCCGAUGCAACUAGCCCGUAG